AUGAAGUCAUUCACUAAGCCCCUUCUCUUUGGUGUUUUGGCCAUUGGUGUUUCUGCUAGCUAUGGGAACGAUGCUCCAGCUGUAACCACGCCCUGCACAACAGCGACUCCAGUCACACCUGUACCUCAAUACCAGAGCACUUCCGAAGCUCCACCACCACCAGUGUACACUACUCAGGCUCCACCACCACCACCAGUUUACAGUGUUUCUUCAAGCCCCCCUCCUCCAGUGUCAAGCACGCCACCAGAGGUCACUUGCCCAGAACCUUCCGCCUACGCCGCUUCUUGUGCGUAUUUAUGCAAGGGUUCGAAUGCAGUUGCGUAUUGCUCUGGAACCGAUGUUACAGAUACCGGCUCUGGCACCACUUGUACACCUUGCGGUGGAGCCCCAGUUCCAUCUACUGAGCCUGUGUACACCCCACCACCACCACCAAAAACUGAGGAACCACCAACUCCAGAACCUUCUACCGAGCCUGCGUACACCCCACCACCACCAGUAGAGACCGAGCCUGUGUACACUUCUCCUCCAACUCCUCCAAGCACUUUGUCGACCGCGCCUUCCCCAGUUCCUACUCCAGAAGCUUGCCCGUCGUACGGAUACACUGCUUCCUGCGCUUACAUCUGCACAGGAGGCUCUCAGAAGGUUGCCAAAUGCUUUGACAAGGACAUUUCGUCAGACGACGAAGGUGCAGUCUGCACUCCCUGUGGCGGCUCUCCAGUCCCACCACCAAACAAUACCACCACACCUGUUUACCCACCAAGCAAUACCACCAUCCCACCCCCACCUAAUUAUAAUUCAGGAGCUACCGCCCUAAAUAUUGGAACCGCUGCUAUCUUCGGAUUAAUCUGCAUGAUGUUCACCUUGUAA